UCCUUUAGUGACCCUUUAACCUGUUGCUGUUUUUGUUUAUCCACAAUUCCAUGUAUUAGGGCACAGUGUGCAGGUUCGCCAACAAGGAUGAUGAAGCAGACUAUCAAAAUAUUGGGUAAAUAUUUGAACCGCCUGAAAGAAAAUGAUUUGGAAACAUUCAAAAAGAUGUUUUGCAAGAUGGAGCCACCUCGGAAAAAAAAGAAGAUCCAAAAUCGUCAUCUGAAAAAUCAAUCCGCUGCAGAAAUAGCUGAGAAGAUUGUUGAAUCUUAUACAGUACGAAACGGACCACCACGUGUCAUAACAGUUCUUAAGAACAUGAGUCUUAAUCAAACAAGUAGUGAACUCCAGAAAGACCUAAAACAAGCUAGAAAGAAACACAAAGAGAAGAGGAGCAAUGCUAAAGUCCAGGUGGCAGAAUGUGACAAAGCUCAUUUAAAAAAGAACCCCUCACAAAAGAAAAGUUCAAAUGUAGAGGCUCAAGACGGAGUACCAAGAUCUCCACAAAUCCCAAGAGAAGUGAAUAGCAGGGUCCCAAAACCUUGUUCAGCACAAGAAGAUGGCAGAAAUAAAAUGUUAAAACCUAAGGAUAACCAAGAGGAACCAAAUAAUGUACCCAGAAAAGUAGAUCCCCAAAUUACCAAACCGGACACUAGCCAAGAUACUUCUGGCAUUCCCAUUUCUUUAACAGACCAAAAUGAAGGAAAAACUUACAUAACAAGACUUGAGGAAGGCCAAGAAGGAACAGACUAUAAAGAUCUGAAAUCUAACAUCAAGCAAGAAAAACAAGAAUCAUUUAUGGAAUAUAGAGAAAUCGAAGAAUUUGGAAACACAAAAGCAAUUAAAGAAUUCAGAAACAGCGAUCUGCAAGAACAAAACCAGAACCGAGGAGACCCAAAAGAUGAUGUCCGUAUUGGUGAAGGCAUAGGUGAACAGCCAAAAAUUGAAGCAGCAACAGUUAAACAACGCAAAAGACCAGCACAAAAUAGAUCUAUGGGGAAAAAACAAGAACAAGGGCAGUUAAAAAGUCCAACUGGAAAACUAAAACAAACCCGAAAAGCUAAAAAGGGUAAGCUCUUUGGAUGAAUUACUUUUGUUUUGUUUUUUGCAUGUAUCACUCAAGGUAUCCAAUUGGCUUAC